CCUUCAAGGAGAGAAUUUCAAUAAAUAAAAUUAAAAAUGGCAAGUGAAUUCCGGAAAAGUACUUUCUGGAGAGCAGUUAUUGCUGAAUUUAUAGCUAUGAUUAUUUUUGUUUUUAUCAGUAUUGGUGCUGCACUAGGUAUCAGUUUCCCUAUUAGCCAAAAUGAAACUGUGACACCAGCGGCGCAAGAUAUUGUAAAGGUGUCGUUAGCUUUUGGGCUAGCGAUUGCCACUAUGGCUCAGAGUGUGGGUCACAUCAGCGGUGCUCACCUGAAUCCUGCGGUCACCCUUGGCUGUUUCCUGACUUGUCAGAUCAGCAUUUUUAAAGCAUUGAUGUACAUCCUUGCUCAGUGCCUGGGUGCUGUAGUAGCCACGGCUAUCCUCUCCGGUGUCACAUCCAAUAUCGAAAAAAACUCACUUGGCCUUAAUGGGCUAUCUGAUGGCUUGACAUCGGGGCAAGGGCUCGGAGUUGAAAUUAUUGUCACGUUCCAGCUGGUGCUUUGUGUUGUUGCUGUGACAGACAGGAGGAGGACAGAUGUCUCAGGAUCAGUACCUCUUGCAAUUGGUCUCUCAGUUGCCCUGGGACAUCUUAUCGCGAUUGACUAUACUGGUUGUGGAAUGAACCCAGCUAGGUCGUUUGGUUCUGCUGUACUAACAAGAAAUUUUACAAAUCACUGGAUCUUUUGGGUAGGUCCCAUGAUUGGAGGAGCCGCUGCCGCCCUUAUUUAUGACUUUAUCUUGGCUCCAAGGAGCAGUAGCAUAAAAGAUCGCAUGAAAGUUUGGACCAAUGGUCAAGUAGACGAAUAUGACCUGGAUGGAGAUGAACACCCUAGGGUGGAGAUGAAACCAAAAUGAAGACAACAAAAUUCUUAAAAGCACAUUAAGAGAUGUCAGUAUUAUGGACUUCAGAAAAAAAUAUUUCCAAAAUUAAAUUGUUUUUACAGUAUUUUUUAUUUUUUCCCUAUAUGUUACUCUUUUGCCUCUGCAUUGUUAGGUUUAAAAGUCAUCUCUAUAUCACCAUAAUGUUUUAUUACCAUAUUUAGAAACCAGUUGAAGAACCAAAAGACCCAUCAAGCUGUUUUACCAAGAUAUCAUCUAAUGGAAGGAUUCCCCCCCCCCCUUGAUUUAAUCACCUUUUCUGUUAUGAUUAAUUUCUCCCCAAAUAUGUUUUAUUAACAAAAUGUAAUCAUAUUUUUUUUUUAAAAAACUAGGCUUAAACAGUCCAACAUGUAAAUACAUUACAUCAAUAAUUUUGCCUGAGAAUACAUUUAUAUAGAAAAACAUAUAAUAUAUGUGUUGUCAGGGACAUUCUUAUGUGGAAACAAAUAUUUUAAUCUUGUCUGGACUGGUUAAAAUGGAUUGUCACUUUGGAGGAAGUAAUUAAAAAGAAGCCAAAAAUAAACUUAAAUAGAACAGAAAUUCUUAUACUAACAGGAAAAAUGCAUCCUGUAUUUUCUUUGUUUGGGUGAUCCACUUACAUUUUACAAAACAAAAAGGUUAUUUCAGGGCAAACAAAGAGGAUUUAUAUAAUGUUCUGUUUGAAAAGAUCUCUGAGCUAAAUCAAAUAGAUAUAUUUUUUAUUCAUCUUAUUUCACAUAUAUGGGAGUUAAAGGGUCAUUUUACUUGAUAAUUGUCCUUUUUCUUUAAAAAGAUAAUAUUUGAAACCAUCAAAGUGUUUUGAAAAUUGAUUGUUUCAACUUUUUUUUUUUCUGGGAUUUCUCUCUAUCAGCCAGAAAGUAAUACAUACCUAAGUAUUUAUUAAAUAAUUCUAAAAUGUUCCAAUGCAGUUUACUUAUACAUAUAUAUACUGUAUAUAUAUAUAUAUAUAUAUAUAUAUAUAUAUAUAUAUACAUACAUCCCUUUAGUUUAAUUGACCAGUUGGACAGAAAAGUUAUUUACCAGAUUCCAAGAAAGACUUUGAGCAUAAUAUACAGCUAAUUGACUAAUUAACCUUGGCCGCCCUUUGAUCUCAAUAUACAGCACAUAUUGCAAGUGGAUCCCAUAUAAUGCCACCUAAUCAUUGAUCAGUAACUGUCUAAAAAGAAAAGUACCUGCUUGGGGAAAUAAAAUAUGUUGAAAACAAGUUUAACACUAAAUACAGCAGAAUUGAAUAACUGACAAAUACAUAAAAUAAAAGACAAUGGGGCCUAUUUAUGAAAGGCCUGUCGGACAUGAUACGACAUUGCGGAUCAUGUCCGACAGACCUCGCUGAAUGCAGAGAGCAAUACGCUCUCUGCAUUCAGCAUUGCCCCAACAGCUCUUGUGAACUGCUUGGGCAACGCCGCCCCCUGCAGAUUCGUGGCCAAUCUGCCGCUAGCAGAGGGGUGUCAAUCAACUUGAAUUGCGGCAAUGCCUGUCCGCCUCCUCAGAGCAGGCGGACAGGUUAUGGAGCAGCGGUCUUUAGAAACUUAACUUGUGUUUCUGGCGUGUCUGAAGGCUCGCCAGAAACACGAGCCCUCAAGCUCCAUACGGAGCUUGAUAAAUGGGCCGAAAAGCAAUAACACUUACUUUAAAUUUUAAAUUUGAAAUGAGCAGUAGAUUUUAUUUCUGGCAAAUUUCAAAGUUAAUCCAAUUUUCCCUUCCCUUGUGUCAUGUGACAAGCAUCAGCCAAUCACAAAUUGCAUAUAUGUAUAUACUGUGCACCUUUGCACAUGCUCAGUACGAGCUAGAGCCCCAGAGAGUGUGCAUAUAAAAAGUACAUGCACAUUUUGAUAAUAUAUGUAUAUUGGAGAACCUUUUUUAAAAUUUCAUGCUUUAUAUGAAUCAUGACAUUUAAAUUUUGACUUUAAUGGCCCUUUAAUUAAGAUAUUUACUGAUGAAUGCAGAUGUAUUUAGCUUCUUUUAAAAAGAUACCAUGUUGUCCUAAACCUUUGAGCUUAUAUAUAUUUAUACAGAUUUUUUUCUAUAAUAAGAAAUAUUGCUCAGGACUUAUGCAGAAUUAUUAGAACCAAAUAAAUAACAGAUUUUUAGUAGAAUAACAUUUGGAAAAUAAAUUACUUACACAUAAAAUCCUUUAAUAUAUAAAUUAACAUAACAUAAAAUUGUUAUAUAUAUUGUUGCUUGGCUAUAUUGUUCAUUAUUAUGUUUUGUAAAUAAAUUCCUGAAUGAUUUAUAAAUAAAAAUUUAGGUUGUACUAACA